CUCUUGUAUAUCUUCUCCAGCAGUGACUGACUUCCCAUCUACGCACAUCAUGCCCACCACCCCGAAAAGCAAACCAUCAUGGACCCCAACAAUCCCACCGUCACCGUUGCCUCUCUUUCCUCGAUCGUUCACACCACCCUGUCAGCAUAUGACUGCGUCACCGAGGCACUAAUCACAGGGGACACGACCGUAGGCCUGAAGGCCCGCUUCCGGGUGGAGCUCCUGCGGUUACGCCUGUGGGGCCGAACCCGCGGAUUCGGUCUGCUGUCAUCCCCACCACCCUUGCCCUCUAGCAACAACAUAUUCGCCAUCCCCGAAGUUCGGCGCCUGGCAUUCGACAUGCUCGGAAAAACGCUGCUGGUGCUGGACAGGCAUCUGCAGAUCCGCAAGAAAUCUCCGCCCGUGCGCGAACAGACACUGUCGCGGUUCGAGAAUGGAUAUUCCGCAACCCCAUACGCUCAAGUCCUAGAAGCAAAAAGUGCACUUGAUCAGAGGCUCGCUGAUCCGGCGCAGCGGGCAAAGGUUGUCAGACAGAUCCGCAGGGCAAUAGACGAUAAGGCGCCCUUGCCGGGGUCUUCGGUCGAGCGCACAACGGCCCGUGAGUUUCUGACCGACCUGGUGACGUUGAAUACGGGGCUGGAGCGGCUGUUGCCGGCAGACGAAGCGGACUUCUUGGCGAGGGGUCUUGCGGGCGAGAUCCUUGCCUCGGAGCCUAGGUUUGUGGUGGCGGAUGAGAAUUCCUUCGGGGUGCGGAAUAGUCUGGCUGCUGGGAUGGUUCGCCUGCGCCAGCUGACCGAAUUGGAAAUCUUUGAUCUAGGAGGGAGUGCAAAAGCGCCAACAUCAGCGGGACACGAGGUAGAAGAGGAUGAAGCCCAAAGCUUGACAGCUCAUCCUCAGGCUAUGAAGGCACUGUCAACCUUCGAGAUCCCGGUGUUCUGUCUCCAAGGCUUCACGGAACCGGCCCUUCCGGAUAUUCAAACACAUGACUCCACCUCGUCGCAGGGAAAGGUGUUAGAUGCUCGUGGAAUGGCAAUCCCGGCUGACUACGACUGGAUCCAGUCACCCCUCAACCUCAGACCAGUGCGUUGCACAGCGUCGACAACAUUUGGUCGAGAUUCUCCGCGAAAUUUCAGUUGCUGACAGCGAAUUCCGUGUCCUGGAAUGCAGAGGAUACACGCUUGCCACCGGCCGACUACCAAAUGGGAACUUUCAUCCGGUGAUAGGCUUCGUGUACCAGCCGCCUCUGCUUGCGACCGCACCGAUCACUCUGCAUGGUAUACUGGCCACCGCCUAUAAGUCCCAGACGCCCGCAGUGCCGGAACU